AUGAAAAGCGUUUUUGCAAGGUUCUUACUGGCCGCCGCAGGCGCUUGUCCGUUGGGGAGGGCUUCCUGUGUCCGGAUAAAGCCACCCACCCUCUAUCACCCACCCAUGACGCACAGGGCUUCCUGUGUCCGGAUAAAGCCACCCGCCCUCUAUCACCCACCCAUGACGCACAGGGCUUCCUGUGUCCGGAUAAAGCCACCCGCCCUCUAUCACCCACUCAUGACGCACAGGGCUUCCUGUGUCCGGAUAAAGCCACCCACCCUCUAUCACCCACUCAUGACGCACAGGGCUUCCUGUGUCCGGAUAAAGCCACCCGCCCUCUAUCACCCACUCAUGACGCACAGGGCUUCCUGUGUCCGGAUAAAGCCACCCACCCUCUAUCACCCACUCAUGACGCACAGGGCUUCCUGUGUCCGGAUAAAGCCACCCGCCCUCUAUCACCCACUCAUGACGCACAGGGCUUCCUGUGUCCGGAUAAAGCCACCCGCCCUCUAUCACCCACUCAUGACGCACAGGGCUUCCUGUGGCUUCCUGUGUCCGGAUAAAGCCAAGGCUAACCAGAACUUUAAAGAGGCCACGAAAGCCUUCAAGCACUGCUACGACAAGGAGCCGUCGAAUGAUACGUAUAAGAAGGCCCUGGAGAUGUGCGAUAAGGCUCCAAACUACUACGACGAGAUUCAGAGCCACAUAGCGCAAAGUGGUGGCGGAGGCGAGAUGGGCGGCGGAGGUGGCAACGGCGCUAAGAAGGGAGCCGCCGCGACCUCUGGUGUAUCCGAGUGGGUGUGGGACCUGGGCGGCUGGGUGUUGUUGGCGGCGGCGGUGACGGGCGCGCUGCUGAUCGCGAAGGCGACCGCGCCUAAGGCGGUGGCCGCGGCGGCGGCGGCGGCGACGACGUCAUCUGUGAUGAGCGGAGAGGAGAGGGAAUGUGGCGGAUGGAGUAAUGGGACUCCGGGACUGUGGAGCUGCCUGCCGGGGCCGGGAGAAGGGGAACAGCGACCGACAGCUGCAGCCUAUCUAGCCUAUCUGGGCGGGCACCGUACAGCAGCAGCAGACCUCUGGCACACCACAUUUUUUUGCUGGAUUUUGCACUGGGAGGCGUUUGUGUAGACUAACUGCCUUUAGUAAUGCGUAUAAUAAAUACUCUUCUACUGAUCGACCCAUAUGCUUUGGAGGACCGUCAAGCCUGGUUGGUAGAGGCUGGGGUUUUAGGGUUUUGGACAGCAGGGGUGUUUCACCACACGGGUGUACGUGACGCCUGGGAGUGAUUGAGGGCGGCGACCUGAGGCGCUUUGGAUCCAAGGUUGGGAUUAAAUCACCUUUAAUUUUUUUCCGCG